ACUUUAAACAAUGACACUGGAAAGUGUAAAACGACAGUCAAAUUGGGUGCAAAGCAGUGUGGAAGGAUCUUUGUUUUCUUUGUUUAUUGUUUGUUUUCGUUCGUUGUGCAUUGACUAGUUAGAUAAAAUUCUAAUAAUAAAAAUGGAACAAGAGUUUUUCGAUAUUGAAAAUUUACAAACAAAUUUUAAAGCUGCUCUAAAAGAUGAAACUGACAUUGCAAUGGAUUUUUAUUUAGAAGGUUUCAAAGAGCUUUACAAGUUUUUCCAGUUAAUGGGAUCUGUGUUUGGAUUCGUAAGCAGUGACGUGAAAUCAAAAAUUGAAGUGCUCGAAAGUCAUCGACAAAAAGAAUAUGCCGAACAAUUCGAAACAUUUUCCAAAAUGCUUGAAUAUGAAAAAUCAUCGGCUCUGUUGGACAAAAAAGACUAUGUAUCAGGCAGUCGAACUUUGUUACGUUUGCAUCGUGGCUUAGCGUUCGUUCGUGAAUUCUUGUUGCGAUUGAGUGAAAUUGAAUCUCAUGAAAAAACGACUGGCAUUUGUAAGACAGCGUACAAUGAUACUCUUGCCCAAUAUCAUCCGUGGAUCAUACGAAAAGGUGCUUUGGUUGCAAUGCAUGUGCUGCCCACACGUGAUCAACUUCUCAAUAGGGUAUGCCAAGACGCUGAACGAUCGAUUGCUUUCUUGCCCGACGUAUUGGAAACAUCGAAAAUCGUAUACGAACGCACGGAACAAUUAUACACCGACUUCGAUUUACAUGCACUGCCAUAAAAUUAGCAACCAAAAUAAGCUUAAAUUCAGUAUUAAUAUACGACACUGCAUUUCAUUCCGACGGUGCCGUUACUUUAUUUAUCCAAUCAAAAUAAUUUUCAUCAUUUUAUUCGAUUGAGUUCAAAGUUGCCUUUAGUGUUUUACUCAAAAAUAAAUUCAACAAAUUGUAAAUGUUUAGCUUAAGAGUAGUAGGAAAAGAGGGAUUCGAGUGCAAUCCUUGCGUCAUCCAUGCUGUUAACACUUCAAGCGCUAAAUAAUAUAAAAAUUUCUAUCAAAUAAAACUUCUGAUAUAGAUAAAAAUCGAA